UCAAAAUAACUGUUGCUAUCACCUCUCCAGCCCGUUGACAACUGCGCGUGAGGUUUCCCAAGUAUGCAGCAGCAGCAGCAGCAGCAGCAGUGAUGUGGUGCUGCGCUCAGGGCUGGAGGACUGAGUGCUCACACAUCCCUCUGUAUCCACAGCAGUAUGUAUGCAAGUUCGUACUUGGAGGAAGUGUACAGAACGUUCAGCGGUCCGGUCUGAUCGGACCACCUGAUGCCACCAGGCCACCCUAUGCCCGCCUGUAACCCCGGAGACGACAACCUCUCACCCGCUCAAACUCCGCCUCUUUCGGCAAACCAGCAUUAGUCUUGAUGAGGAACCCUGCCAUCUGUGAUGUGAUGAACAAGUUUGAGGUGCUUGGGAUCGUCGGGGAAGGAGCAUAUGGAGUCGUGCUCAAAUGCAGACACAAGGAGACUAAUGAAAUCGUGGCUAUUAAGAAGUUCAAGGACAGCGAAGAGAACGAGGAUGUGAAGGAGACGACGCUGCGGGAGCUGAAGAUGCUCCGCACACUCAAGCAGGAAAACAUUGUGGAGCUGAAGGAGGCUUUCCGGCGCCGAGGGAAGCUCUACCUGGUGUUUGAGUAUGUGGAGAAGAACAUGCUGGAAUUGCUGGAAGAGCUGCCUAACGGAGUUCCGCCUGACAAAGUGAGGAACUACAUCUACCAGCUAACCAAAGCCAUCCACUGGUGCCAUAAGAACGACAUAGUGCACAGGGACAUUAAGCCAGAGAACCUCCUAAUCAGCUCAGAUGAUGUGCUCAAGCUGUGUGAUUUUGGUUUCGCACGUGACCUCUCAGAAGGAACAGAUGCCAAUUACACCGAGUACGUGGCCACCAGGUGGUACCGCUCACCUGAACUACUGCUGGGAGCUCCGUACGGGAAGGCAGUGGAUAUGUGGUCAGUGGGGUGCAUUCUGGGUGAGCUGAGUGACGGGCAGCCCUUGUUUCCAGGCGAGAGUGAAAUAGAUCAGCUCUUCACCAUACAGAAGGUUCUGGGACCCCUGCCUCCAGAGCAGAUGAAGCUUUUCUACAGCAACCCCCGCUUCCACGGCCUACGGUUCCCUACAGUAAGUCACCCACAGACACUGGAGAGGAGAUACCUUGGCAUCAUCAACGGCCCCAUGCUGGACCUAAUGAAGAAUCUUCUGCUUCUGAACCCGAAUGAGCGUUUCCUGACCGAACAAAGUCUGAACCACCACGUAUUCCAGAGUCAGCGGCAGACCGAGCGACCCGGCCCCCCGACCCCUACUCCCAUCCGCUCCUCCAAGAGAAAACCCCACCCCCACGACAACACCGCCCUCAGCAGGAGUCAUGGCAGCAAGAGCUCAGGACAUCAUCGUUCCAACAGCCGGGACUGUUCCAGCCUACCACGUCAUAAUCAGGCUGAGCUGCACCCACAGAGUGCUGAAGCAUUCCUGAACGGUGCCAUUCCCGCAUCCAGUAGCCUGAGCCCCACGUUGCAUGCCAAAGCUUUCCAUUCCCCCCAACCCCUUAACCGCUCAGCAUCCUGCGGCAAAGACCUGGCCUCGCUCAGCCCCAAGAAGGCACGAGCCAAAGCCUCUGAAAUGGACUUUGACUUGCCCAAGGUGUCUGAUGGCCCUGGUGCCAAAUACCUCAAAUCCAACGCCUCACGAUCCCACAAUCGCCACUCCUUUGUGGAAGGCAAGAAUAAUACGCUGCAGGGAGAGCGGGAGAAGCACUUACGCCAUGGAGAGCCUAUGCCACUGAAUUCGAGCACCAAAAGCUCUUCGUCUUUUAUGAGUCUGUCCAAGAGCCAUGGGGCACUGACUGACGCCAAGUCCAUCAGUAACUUGAGUGAUCCACGCCUUCUCCAAGAUGACGCACCAGUGCCCUCACGAUACUUCCCUUCCAGCUGCCUGGACCUGAACGCCAACCUGAACCUGGUGGCACCCGGCAGCCCAGCCUUGCGUCACAGCCCCGGAGGGCGAGCCAAGUCUGAGCGUCAAGCUGGCAUGGUGGACUCAUCGCUCCGACGCUCAUCCACACGCCACAAGGGCCAGCAGCAGGACGAGACUAAAGCCACAGAAACUCUGGAUCCUGGAGGAGGAGCCCGUGACUUUCCCUAUGGCCUCGGCUACACCAGCCCUUUCUCGUCACAACAGCGCCCCCACAGACACUCCAUGUAUGUUCGCCGAGAGCGCAGUCGACCGCACGGCACCGACAUAGGCCUGGCACUGGGGCAGAGUGCUCCUACUCGUGCCAGCAGCCUCCAGAUGCUUUCACCACAGCUGCAGCAUCGCACACUGCCCAGGCAUGUGGGCAGCUCCGGCAGCCGUGACGAAACCCCUGACGACCUCAGGGCAGCAAUGUAUCAUGAGCAGCAUCCAGAGGACGGAGGAGCAUCCAAGGAGAACCGUAUAGUCUACAGCGACUCAAUGCCACGUCGGGUCGGCAGCUUCUACCGAGUUCCGUCUCCUAGACCGGAUAAUACUUUCCACGAAGGCAGCGGGCAGAAUAUGGGCUCAGGGGUGAACAUGGAGAGCAGCAGCCACACCAAACGCCAGCCCACUUAUGAUCCCUGGACGGGGCCCGAGCCGAUAGAUUUGGGUCCUCCAGAGCCAGCCAAAGAGAAGGAGAAGCAAGGUUUUUUCAGAGCAAUAAAGAAGAAGAAGAAGAAAUCACAAGCGGUGGAUGCUCCAGAAGCCAGAGGUCCUGUGAUCAAGAAAUCUCUUUUUCCUCUGUCUAACUCAAAGCCUAGCUUUAAACAUAACUCCUCAGACAGAGUGCUCCCUCUAGUGGCCACACCCAUGGUCCUGAACGAGGGACCGGAUCAGGUGGUGGUACAGAAGUCGUCCCGGGUUUUUGGCCAGCAGAGCAGCACCAGACACCGGACACGCAGCAGAGACCGCGAGAGGAGUCGAGAGCGGGAACAGGAGCAGGAGAGAGACAGAGAUGAGUGGCCGGCCGAGAGACUCGCAGAACCCCACUCUCAGAACCAGCCCCUCAGGUCUCUCCGCAAGCUUCUUCAUCUCCCUGCCUCAUCCUCCAGCAAACCCUCUACACCAGACAUGCGUUUCCCCCACGGCAACCCUGCCUCCAAAGGGGGAAGCUUCGUGGAGUCACGGAGCCACGUUGGAGGAGGAGGAGCUGGAGGGCCGACUCAGCCCAUGUCCCGCCAGUCUGCGUAUUCUCACGGCGGUCAGCUGGAGUCCACGUGGCAUUCGGCGGCUUUGGGAAGAGCCGAGGGAAACCCGUACCCAGAGCAGCUGGCAUCCAAAGCAGGCCAGAACGGGCACGGUUUCGUCCGCUCGUCACGCUCACGCAUGCCAAAUCUCAACGAUCUGAAAGAGACCGCACUUUAAACUGAGCCUAUUUCUCGACACAGCGCCACCUGGAGACCUGGAGGGCUAAAGAGAGCAAACACUGAAGGACUCUGCUCUGUUCAUGAACAAUAAGGGUAGGCCUAGACAUGUCUUAAUCUGUUUUUUUAAUCUUCCAUAUUUAAUAGAAUUUGUAAUAUUAUUUAUGUACUUAUUGUAUUUUUUUGUUAUGGGGAAAAAUGCGAUUGAAAUGAAUAUAUGUAUAAAUAUAUAUCUUGUUAUAAGUAUAAGAUGUAUAAUAAUAAUUCUAGUUCUAUUAUUCUGCAUAUAAUAAUUCUUAUAUUUGGUUAAGAAUGUCAAAUGUUUGUGUAUGAAAUCUAAGUUUAUAAAGAGGUUAAGAAUAUCGUUACAUUGCACAUCGAAACCUUCUGUUACGUUUAUUUCUAAACCGAUUCAGUGGAUUUGACACAAGAGUCGAGAGUCUGAUGCUAUCAGACGAUCUGUUAGCUAAGAAAAUGCAGCAAGAAAAGCUUUUAAAAGCGCUGUAGAUCCGACACAUACCAAAUACACCAUAUAUUGCUAUAGCACUAUCUGCUGGCCAAUCUUAGACACUACACACACUGGCAGACUACUACUACUACUACUAAUAAUAAUAAUAAUAAUAAUAAUAAUAAUAAUAAUCAUUUCUAACACAAAAAACAAAGCAUAAUCGCUGUUGACAUGCGGCAUGUUCUCAUGUGUAAAAGCCAGAUGCCAUUUGUAUAUUCUCAGGUUUAGUGUUUAGUAUAAACACUGUAAAUAUUAUUUUAUUGCAAUAUUUUAAGACCAACACAGGAACAAAAUCGUUUUUAAAUUUCAGUUUAGAAGUAAACUCAAUAUAUGAACGUGUAAGGAGAAAAUAGAAAUAAGACAACAGCUUACUGCAAUAUGUACAAAUCAAACGAUUAACCGAUUAACCAUUCACCGCCACUUCGUCACAAACGAUUUACUUGGGAUAGGGUGCCAAUAUUUAUCACACUACAGAUUUUGCUAUUAGUAUUAGGUAGAAAGAGGGGAGGGGAUGUGUUUCACAGGGGUGGACAAAUCAUAAAUACGUUACACAGCGCCUGCAUGCUGAUUUCUUUGAGGUCAAGUCAUUUAACCCCAACAGAUCAGAGCCUUAAUACUUAAUAAAGAUGAAGAAAGAGUGUGUAUAGAGAAAAGAGUGUGUAGUAAUCCUUGUCCUCUAUGAUGUAGCAUAUCGGCUUUGGGUUUUGUUUUGUUUUGUUUUGUUUUUUCUACAAAAUGGCAUCAAGGUUCUAAUGUGUUGUCUGAGCUGGAGCUCUGUAUCACCGUUCACACCAGAAAACCGCUUUGAAUUCUAGCUGCACGUGACUCGGAACAUCAUAGCAAUAGAGAAUCAUUGUAUUUGGCUCGGUUUCAUCAGUCUUUCAGUCUUUCAUCGGUUAACUAUCUAGUUUUACUAGUUUAUACCCGUGGCCAGGACAGGUUGGAUUCAAGAACUGAUAGUUAGUAGUAGAAAUAUAUGAAGCAUGAAUAUAAUGUGGGCACGGUGGCUUAGUGAUUAGCAUGUUCGCCUCACACCUCCAGGGUUGGGGGUUCGAUUCCCGCCUCCGCCUUGUGUGUGUGGUGUUUGCAUGUUCUCCCCGUGCCUCAGGGGUUUCCUCCAGGUACUCUGGUUUCCUCCCCCGGUCCAAAGACAUGCAUGGUAGGUUGAUUGGCAUCUCUGGAAAAUUGUCUGUAGUGUGUGAUUGUGUGAGUGAAUGAGAGUGUGUGUGUGUGCCCUGCGAUGGGUUGGCACUCCGUCCAGGGUGUAUCCUGCCUUGAUGCCCGAUGACACCUGAGAAAGGCACAGGCUCCCCGUGACCCGAGGUAGUUCGGAUAAGCGGUAGAAGAUGAAUGAAUGAAUGAAUGAAUAUAAUGUUUUUGAAUUGAAUUAACUUAAAAAAGGAGUGGGAAAUUUUUUCAUGAAAUGGGAAAAACAGCAUGAUUGGCGAUGGCUGUAUCAACAGUGAUAUAAAUAACAUGGCUGUUGAUUUGUCCACCCCGGAUACAUCUCCGUUAAAGGGGCAGUGUGUAAUGUCUAGAAGCCUCUGCUGUCUGUGUCGUGAAAGUAUUCCCUGACAGGAAGCAAAGCUCUGAGCUCUGUAAGGCUGUGGGCGGAGCUAAUGUCAGGGCUGGAAAAAUGUGAACAGUAUCCUGAUUAUUUAGAAAGUAAAAAAGAUCUAAUAAAAUGGAUCACAUGGAUUUUUUAAACUGUAGGAAUUGACAAUAUUGUACUAGAAGUGUUACAAACCGCCUCUUUAAACGAGACCCGGUUAGCUGAUUUUAAUAACAGCGUAUUGUUGUUGCUAUGUUGAAAGAAGGUUCUAGCGUCUUCUAACACUGACAUUAAUGACAUUAACACCAGCAUCGUACUACAUACAAUCAGGAGUUUCUUCAACAAAUAGAGACCCCAUGAAACAAACAAUGUCCCACUGAGCACCACCUGAAAGUUCAUAGCCUUAACGCUAAAAAAGAAAAAUACACAAAACGAAUAAAAGAAAAGUCUACGCAAUGUCACUGAGGGACUGGUUUCCUUAAAACGGCGCACUUUAAAUAACUAGACGAUGUUUCUGAGAUGAAAAAGCUUCUGUCUCUUCACGCGGUGUGGUGAGUAUUUUCACACGCAGUGUACAGUAAUAACCGAACGUGUAACUGGGUAUAACAGCCUAUUCUAGGAGUCUUUUGUAUAUCGUAUUUGUGAUAUAUGCAGUAAAUAUUUAUAUUAUUCCAGGUACUGCAGCUUAACAGUGGAACUCUUGUCUCUGUUGGAUGUGUGGAACCUGGGACGAAAACGGGGUUUUACAGUAGACACCGGACGUACGACGUUAAUACUAAUGUGUGACUAUUUGUUCGGUUAUAUUUAGCUCAGCGAUUCCGAACGAUCGAAAAUUAAAAAACAAACGUCGGGUCUCAUAGAAAACACGGUAGCAUAGAUCGUUAAUGUUUCAUCUUCAGCAACGAGUAUUCGUUUGUAAUGGGUAAAUGACGUUACUAAGGAGACGUUCGGUUCUCAAAACUGUUUUCUGUUUACACCUGUUAUGGACAGUAAUCUCUCAAUAAACAUUGUGGACUCUAUUUUGAUUUCACAACAGAGAAAA